AUGCUACGCAAAUAUUUCCUUCUGCCCUUCCUGGCAGCCUGCGGUGCAGCGGUUGAGAUCUCCGUUGCAUCGUCUGGCGGUAAUGCCACUAGCGGUUUACAAUAUGGUAUCAUGGAAGAGGAAAUCAACUACUGUGGUGAUGGGGGUCUGUAUGCGGAGCUGAUUCGCAAUCGUGCGUUCCAGGGAGGCGAGAAAUACCCUUCCACAUUGGAUGCUUGGAUCCCAGUCGAGGGAUCGGCGCUGUCUCUAAAGAACCUCAGUCAACCCCUGUCAUCUGCACUGCCAACGUCAGUCAAUGUCAAAGGAACGAGAGGAAAGGCCGGUCUUACCAACUUGGGUUGGUGGGGUAUCGACGUGAGAGAGCAGACGUACACCGGCUCCUUCUACGUGAAGGGUGCCUACAACGGAACAUUCACAGCUUCCCUCCAGUCCAAUAAGACUGGCGAGGUAUAUGCCAGUGCUGUCAUGGCUGCCUCAAACACCGAGAAUACGUUCUCUAUUACCUUCGAUGCUUCUAACACCGUUGAUGGCUCUCUUGACUUCAACCUAAUCAGCCUGUUCCCUCCUACCUAUAAUGACCGUCCCAAUGGGCUUCGCAGGGAUUUGAUGCAAGCGAUGGCCGACUUCGGACCUAAAUUCCUGCGGUUCCCGGGUGGCAACAACCUCGAGGGCGAUACCCUUGAUGGCAGAUGGAAAUGGAACGAAACCAUUGGACCUCUCAAGGACCGCCCAGGCCGUGCAACAACCUGGUCCUAUCAAGAAACCCACGGAUUAGGGCUCGUCGAGUACAUGGAAUGGUGUGAAGACCUUGGAGUCGAGCCCAUCCUUGCCGUAUGGGGUGGAUUCGCACUGAACGGCGACGCAAUUCCCGAAUCCGAGCUUGGUGUAUACGUGCAAGAUGCCCUGGACGAGCUAGAAUUCCUCACCGGCUCCGUCGAUACCGAAUAUGGUGCCCUCCGUGCAUCCCUCGGUCACCCAGACCCAUGGACAGUCAAGUAUGUCGAAGUCGGCAACGAAGAUAACCUAAACGACGGAUUGGAUUCAUACAAAUCCUACCGCUUCCAGGCCUUCUACGACGCCAUCAAGGAGAAGUACCCAGACAUCACCGUCCUGGCAUCCACCGUAGAAAUCGACUUCCCCGGCGAUGCAGGCGGUGACUAUCACCUGUACGAUACGCCAGACAACUUUGUCGAGAAGUUCAACUUCUUCGACCAGUACAGCCCCGACCAUCCGAUUCUCCUUGGCGAAAUCGCGGCAAUUCAGCUCAACGGACGCGAAAUCGUCUGGGGCACCUCCAACCAUUUCUCGCAGUACCCAUGGUGGAUCGGUAGCGUCGCAGAAGGAGUCUUCCUCAUCGGUGCCGAAAGAAACGCAGACAAAGUCCUCGGAACAACAUACGCCCCCUUCAUGAUGAACCUCGACAACUACCAAUGGUCCCCUACCUUCCUCGCUUUCAACUCGAACCCAGAUGAGACGGCGCGUUCGACCAGCUGGCACCUUUACGAUCUCUUCUCCCACAACUCCUUCACACACACACACCCCACAACAUCAAACUCCAGCUUCGGACCUCUCUACUACGUCGCCGGUGUUGACAACACGAGCAACUCUCAUAUCUUCAAGGCCGCCGUUUACAAUAGCACCGCUGAUGUGCCCGUCUCUCUUACCUUUGAUGGUGUCAAGGCCGGUACCAGUGCGAGCCUCACUGUGCUCACCGCCGCAGAUCCACUGGGUAUGAACGAAGUGGGAGUUGCUGAUAUUGUCGAUAAGAAGACCUCCACCGUGACGGCAGGCGCCAACGGUGUGUUUGAUUUCAGUCUGCCAAAUCUGAGCGUGGCCGUCCUGAAGACGGAGUAG